UGCCUCACUACCCUGGCUUUCUUUGCUGCCCGAGCCUUGACGUUGGUUAACGUCGAAGUGUGGGUUAGAUUGGAGACUCUAGAUUCGGCUGCCGGUUUUCUUCCGAUUGAGUUGUGUCCUGUUUGGCAACCAUACUUCCGAAGCUUUAGGGAUUUUUAUAUAUAUAGCAUCAAUUUCUUGAAUAUGUCUUGGCAAAGCUACGUGGAAAACCUGAUGGCCGAUGGCAGCUGUCAGGAUAGCGCCAUUGUUGGCUAUACGGACGCCAAAUAUGUUUGGGCAGCACAUGCCGGCGGUAUGUUCAACAAUAUCACGUCUCAAGAAAUAGAUGUCAUUAUCGGCAAGGACAGGGAGAGCUUUUACACCAGCGGUCUCGAUCUGGGCUCAAAGAAGUGUUCAGUCCUCAGAGACAGCCUCCAUGAUGACGGGGACUGGACAAUGGACAUCAGGACAAAGAGCACAGGAGGAGAACCGACAUACAAUCUCUCUGUGGGAAGAGCUGGAAAAGUGUUGGUUCUUGUAAUGGGCAAGGAAGGGGUUCAUGGAGGCGGAUUGAAUAAGAAGGCUUUCUCGAUGGCAAAAUACUUGAGGGAAUCAGGGUUUUAAUGUUUUCAAGCUCAUGUAGAUGAAAUUGAGAGACAAAAAGAAGAGAAAAUAAAUAUUGCUGUUAAGAUUUCUCCUGCAAGCAGUUAAAUGUCUUGGGAACUUUUAAUAGUGAUGAAGAGUGAUAACAUAUGUCACCUUUGUUUCCCCCUUUGUCCUGUAGGGGGAGUAGUUGUUCAUUUCUCUUUUUUUUUCUCUUGUGUGCUCCAGUAUUGGUUUUAGUCAUGGGAAAGGAGGAGGUCCAUGGUGGAAAUCUUAACAACAAAGCACAUACAAUGGCUGACUACCUGAGAGGAUCUCGCUAUUAAGCAACCUCUCCACCCAUCCAUCAAUUUAGCAGCUCACUCCCACCUGCCGCACUGUGUUGGCACUACUUCCAGGAUAAGAUGGCAUUCAAUGUAACUUCCCCUCCCCGGUCUAGUUUUAUGAACAGCCUUUUGUUUGCUUUACUCCUUCCACACUUUUUUUUACAACAUUUCCCUACUUAAACAUUGUACUUCUCAUGUUUUUGGCACUACAUUAAUGGCAUGUUCAUUAAAAUGUUUAUUAACCAAAAGUGUGAAAUAUAUUUGAACUCACCUUGUUUAAAAUUCAUUGAGUAACAAGCUAAUAUUCCAACGGGAAGUACACAUGUAAUAGCGGAAUAGUUUUGCUUUUUGAGCAUUACUAAAAGAUGUCUGUCUUUAAAAAAAAAUUAUUUUAUUUUUUUUCUUUUUUCCAUCAGCAUGUCGGAAUUUAAAAGUUGCAUGCAAACCAAUCCCUGGCGUAUCCCUCUCUAUCCAUGCAUAAUAUUCCAGCCAAAACCAUCUUCUCCUAUGCCGCCAUCUUCAAGUCUUGGAGCCUCUAUUAAAAAAAUUUAAAAGACAAUUUCUUCUGACAGUCCUGUAUGUGUGUACCAGUUCGCCACCCUCACGCACAAUGUCUUUUACCCUCCAUCACAUGCUUUUGCUAUUGUACCUGAAUGUGGUCUUAAAAGUUAAUGAUGUGCUGUUGGGACUGUUUUGAGUGUAGUGCAAGGUCAGAAUUGCUGAGGUUUCAAGAUAUUGUCGUGAUGCUUCCUGCAGUCUCGGUGGACCUAUGUGACCGCUCGGUCUUCUCAGUCAAUUACUGCUUUUUGUAAAUUUUUCUGAAAAUCACUACACAUGUUAUUUUUCUCCCCUCCCCUUUGGACCAAUUGUCAGUAUAAAAGGAUGAUCAGAAUAACUUCAUCUUAUUCUGAUGAAUGAUUGUUGGCAUCACCUGUUGACUGUAAAUCUUUAAGACAACUUAAAUUGACUGUAAAACAUUUAACUGCUAGACUUCAACACUACUUAAACCCUUCAUUACUAAUUUAGUUAACUUUAUGUCCAUUAACCAAUGAAAUGGCAAUGUCAUUUGACUAAGGUAUGACUAAACUGAGGCUGUUGGGCUCCAACACUUUGGAAUUAUUUGCCUUGUGCUUUAGUCAUCAAAGGUGUAUUCACAAACUGUCAUAGUACGGUACUUAGAAGUAUAUUUAAAAGGAAAAAAAUGAUGUGUACACUAAACCUACUGAAAAUGGUGUUGGUUGGAAUAAGAACAUUUGUAAGUUGUCUUGUGAAAUUUUUCUGAGAACUGUAUUCUGUGCCAUAAAAAUCGAUCUGAUCUGUUGCUAGUACGAGUUGGAUUUUUGACUGUCCCAGACAAGAAGUAACUUUUAAUGGCACUUUCCUAAGGGAUAUUUUGGCAUCAGUAAUCUCCAAACUUUGUGGAAUAUGUACAGAAUUAAAGAACAGAAAAAAAGUU